UGCUUUACGGUAAUUGACGGUCCAGGUUUGAACUAGUUGGUAAAUUAAAGGAAAGCGGCGUGCCGGUGUUUCACGGACGCGCUUCGUGUUCAAAGCAGGGUUGAGAGAGAGAGAGAGGCGCGUCGUUUGUUUUCUGAGCUCCGAGUUCAUUCAGAAUGGAUCUCUCAGUGAGACUGGCGAUCAUUUUGGGUUUAGUUCUGCUGCCGUUGCCACGGAAACCCGUCCUCUCUGAAGUCAUUGUCGACCGUCUGGUCAUGUUGGCGUUCGGGGAUUGGUCUCGCCACAGCACUUCCCUCUGGCUAAAGCCCGCCUUCUGCCUCUUUGAGGAGUGGCUGGGAGAAGCUGUCGAUAAAACGCUGGCCAAUCGGGAGACCGCCUUCAUUCAAGUGGAGGUCAGGAGAGACGAUGACAACUCAACCUAUAAGAUGCCCACCCGCUUCUCCGUUCCAAACUGUGACCCCCUUUUUUCUGAACCCCAAAACGUGCAAGUGUUUGCCUACCAGCUGGGUCCGGAUAUUACCUGCAUCAACGACAGCUGUGUGGUGCAGGUGCUGCCAGACAGCAAGUACUGGGUGCGCUACGCUUUGUACAACGAAGGCCUGGAACUCGUAGCAGCGACUAACUGGUCUGAGCCUCUCCUAACUAAAGGAGAGCCGGAAGAUCACCGCUCCUUGAACAAGCCCUUCGGUCGUUCAGGGGGGAUGGUGGUCAUCACUGUGAUUCUCAGCGUUGCUAUGUGCGUGCUGCUUGUCGCUAUGACCGUUGCCUUGGUGAUGGCUCGCAAGUGAGGCUGGCAAUCCCACGAGUCUCUGCUUUGUAAUCUGAUCAUUAUUAUUGACAGCUCUCCAUCCUGAACUGAAUGCUUAACCCUUGCAAUAGCUGAGCUGUAGUUAAAUCUGUGGGGAAAAUCUGCAACGUGUUUUUCGCUGCCUCGUUACUUUUCUGAACUCCGGGGGUACACCCAAGAUCUGUGUAACGAAGAGCUAUUCAAGUACAGCCCACAAGGUGGCGAUAAAGAGCCAGCAAUGCUGCCUGUGCAGCAACGAGAGCUUUAUCCCUGCUGACACAGACCUGAAUUAAACGAAAGGUUAUUUCGACUCCAAAGACGUGUUUUGUAACAGCUAUGGACAUCAUUUUGUUUUAAUACAGACCACAGAUAUCUCUCUAGCUCUCAAUAAAUCUUCAGGGUAAUUUAGUCCAGGGGAGAGUUUUCCAAAAUUAAACUACUGAAUUUAAACUGUCAAUGUAUUUCUCUGUGCUUAAAUAAAGAUGCGUUUUUUUU